AUGGCGGCGGCGGGGCGGGCGCUGCGCGCCGCGCUCCCCGCCGGGCUCUGGGGCCGCCUAGCCCCGCUGCCGGGCGCGCCCCGCCGGGCCGCCGCGCACUUCGCUUUCCAGCCGGACCCGGCGCCCAGCGAGUACGGGCAAACUCAGAAGAUGAAUCUCUUCCAAUCCAUAACAAGUGCCUUGGACAAUGCUUUAGCCAAAGAUCCAACUGCAGUUGUAUUUGGUGAAGACGUGGCCUUUGGUGGAGUCUUCAGAUGUACAGUUGGGUUGCGAGACAAGUAUGGUAAAGACAGAGUUUUCAACACCCCUUUAUGUGAACAAGGAAUUGUUGGCUUUGGUAUUGGAAUUGCUGUUACAGGUGCUACAGCCAUUGCAGAAAUUCAGUUUGCAGAUUACAUUUUUCCAGCAUUUGAUCAGAUUGUUAAUGAAGCAGCAAAAUAUCGUUACCGCUCUGGAGAUCUGUUCAAUUGUGGAAACCUCACCAUUAGAGCACCCUGGGGCUGUGUGGGCCAUGGUGCAUUAUAUCACUCUCAGAGUCCAGAAGCCUUUUUUGCUCACUGUCCAGGAAUAAAGGUUGUUAUUCCAAGGAGUCCUCUGCAGGCCAAAGGAUUGCUGCUGUCAUGCAUAGAGGACAAAAAUCCAUGCAUAUUCUUUGAACCUAAAAUACUUUACAGAGCUGCAGUGGAACAAGUUCCUGUAGAGCCCUACAACAUUCCACUGUCGCAAGCUGAGGUGCUGCAGACAGGCAGUGAUGUGACAAUGGUUGCUUGGGGCACUCAGGUACAUGUGAUCAAAGAGGUGGCAUCAAUGGCUCAAGAAAAGCUUGGUGUGUCCUGUGAAGUUAUUGAUCUGAGGACCAUCUUACCAUGGGAUACAGAGACUGUUUGCAAGUCAGUGGCAAAGACUGGGCGACUGCUGAUUAGCCAUGAGGCUCCCUUGACAGGAGGAUUUGCAUCUGAAAUCAGUUCCACAGUUCAGGAGGAAUGCUUUUUGAAUUUAGAAGCUCCUAUUGCAAGAGUAUGUGGCUAUGACACUCCCUUCCCUCACAUCUUUGAGCCCUUCUACAUCCCAGACAAAUGGAAAUGCUAUGAUGCUCUUAGAAAAAUGAUUAACUACUGAGCAGUAGUACAGAGAGGAGAAGAACAACAGGGAAAUACAGAAGCUGCCUUCAAAACUCUUGACAUUUUAAUCAGAUCUUCUGGGUUUGGAAUUUACAUAGCAGACUUUUCUUUUAACUCAGCUAUCCUGAAUGUUCAUCUUGGCUAUUCUUCAGCAAGUUCAAAUUUUCCUUAAUUAUGAAAUCAGUGAUGGGCAAGUGAUUGUUACAGUAAGUAGUUUCAGAUGUAUUUAAAGAUAUUCCAGAUGUUGAAUGAAAAUUGCAUAUUGCUGUGCUUCACUAAGUUACAUCUAGACUUCACUGUGUAAAUAUGAGACGCAGAAUUUUAUUCAAUAAAACAAUAUGCUCAUGUUGUCUCUUA